UGAGUUUGAGAAGGAGAAAGGUCAAACAAGACAAUCAUAACACUAGUCAACGUCUUUGAUGAACCUUUCUCUUUCUUCUUCAUUUCUCCUUGUUCUCACAGCUCCCUUUCUCUUUCUAAAGUUACCUCUUUUGCAAUCUUCCUGGAGCUUCUCUUAUGGCAGAGCGUUCGAAUGUACCCAAAUUUGGAAACUGGGAAGAAGAAGAGGAUGUUCCUUACACAGAUUACUUUGAAAAUGCCAACAGAGCUCGAGCUCCCGGCGGCAGUGUAGUGAACCCUAACGACCUGGGCUCUUACUCUAAUUUGCAGUCUCAGUCUCCUCCUCCUCCUCCAAGGACAAAACCUGAAGAAGUUGAACCGCUUAGAAGAUCGCAUGAACGGAUGAGAAGCCCUGGAGCGAGCGAGUUGAAGCAGUUUGGUGAUGCUGGUGGUGGUUCAUCAAAAGAAGCUGAUAACAAAAGGCAAGGAAGGGAUUUCCAGAACAAUGAUUAUGACAAGUCAUCGCUGCAUAAGAAUGCAUAUGAUGGUACUGGAAGAACAAAGUCCAAACCCAACCUUAGAGCUGUUGAAAGCCUUGAAAAGGUGACGGUGGUGCCCAAGUUUGGUGAUUGGGACGAGAAUAACCCGGCUUCAGCUGAUGGAUACACACACAUUUUCAACAAAGUCCGUGAAGAGAGGAUCUCUAAUGUGAGUGGAGGAUCUUCAGGAACGCCGACUCACCCGCGUGUUAACGCUUCGAAAACUUCCAGAUCUUGCUGCUUUGGCUUUGGAAGAAAAUGAAAGAGAGAAGUUUAUCUCGGGAAGAUUGUAUAUACCUAUCGAGGAUUCAGUGCGUUGUAUCAGACACAUUCGAGCUUCUUGUGCAUGGAAUAAGCAUCAGUCCCACCUGCAUGAGAGUUUUAUAGUAUAGGUUUUGUAUGUUUGUAAUUUUUCAUUUUUGUUUUGGUGUUAUCAUGCUACACAAUUCCAGUAUUGUACCUGCUUGCAUAUUCAUUAUAUCUUGGUAUGUGGCG